CAAAACGCCUCUCUUUUCUCUCUGACACGAACACCACGCACCAGACAGACUCAUAUAUGGCUUCUAAUCUACACUCCCUGCAGUUUAGCAUCUUUAUUUCGCACGGUCACGUCUAAAGGACCACACUUUUAGACUGACGGCUCCAGCGGCUUCCUCAGAAGGCCUGUUUGUUUACCGUCUCUCCGUCAGCGCUCCAGCCGCGUUUAGGUGCACUCAGACCGGCCACGGGACCAGCAUGGACUCGGUCUCCCGCUAGUUUCAUUUCCCGUCUUUUUUAGAGGAGUUUGGUGCUAAGCUUGGAUGCUAUUGCUAACGGCGGAGGGCUGUCAACAUGAACGGCACUCAGCAGACUGAUACAAAGAGACAGCACCUCCUAGAGAGGCUGCUGGAUGCUGUUAAACAGUGCCAAAUUCGUUUUGGAGGAAGAAAAGAGAUCGCCACAGACUCUGAUAGCAGGGUGAUUUGUCUGUGCGCUCAGUUUGAAGCGGUCUUACAGCACGGUUUGAGGAAGAGCAGAGGACUGGCCCUCACAGCAGCAGCGCUCAAACAGGCUGCAGGAUUCAGCAGCAAGACUGAAGGAGAUUUGACGUUCUGGUUCUACGUAAAAGAGCACUUGAACCGCCACGAGCUACAGCGGUUUUACUCUCUGCGUCAGAUCUCCUCGGAGCUGGGGAGGGGGCGGGCCUGGCUGCGCUGUGCCCUCAACGAACACUCGCUGGAACGCUACCUGCACGCAUUAGUGGCCGACCGUGCACGCCUCAGCACAUACUAUGAAGACUGGGCCUUUAUUCUGGAUGAAGAAAGAGCCAGUAUGCUCCCUACUAUGGCUGCAGGCUUGAACUCCAUCCUGUUUGCCAUCAACAUCGACAACACGGACCUGAAUGGUGGAGUGACUCGUGCUGGGGGUUCGUCCGUGUCUAAUCUGCUGAAGGAGUCCACACAGGGCAUAGGGAGCCUGCUAAAGGAGUCCACUCAGGGAGUCAGCAGUCUGCUAAGGGAGAUCAGCACGGCCACCGCUGUAGUACCAGGAUUCACUGCUAGAGGAGAUGGAGGCUCCGACCCACUGCCAGUUCUGCCACGGAGCACCUCUGCUGACUCGGGCCUUCGAAAAGAACGACGCAAGAAGAAGAAAGUCACUAACAUCAUUUCCUUCGACGACGAUUUGGACGGAGGCGCGGAGGAUGAAGAGGAGGCAGAGGAGGACCAACACAACAUUAAGAGCCUGAUGAAGAGCAACACCGCCCCUGCUCAGGCCCAGAGCAGCGUGGAGGAAGGGGUAGACCCACUGGACCACAGCUACUCGGCCUCUCCUGCCCAGAACGGGGUGGCGGAGGCGGGGAUACUCAGCUGGGUGGGCUCCCCUCACCCCUCCAGGACCCCGCCCAUGAGCACCCCUACCCUGCCCAACAGCAAGAGCCUGGACAAUGAGGAAGAGGAGGAAGAGGAGGUGUACAAGCCCAGAGCCCAGGAGCAGGAAGAGGAGAGGACCAGCUCGGAACAACUGGUGGUGGGCAGUUUAUCCAGUGUGUCUACGUGGAGCCCCCUACAGGCAAUGGUAGAGCACAGCAGCUCAGACAUCCUCAUCCCUGUGAACCCCACUGACCCCCAGCCAGUAAGCUCUGUGGAAGACACUGCUGCAUUUCCUGCUCAGAGUGAGAACACCGGGCCCAUAGACAACUGUGAGAGCAGCAGUGUGCAGCUAACAUUCAAUAUGGAGUCGAGUCCUCCUGCCCAACACGCUCCUAUUUCCAGUGCUCUGCCCACGUCCGCUCUGCCAGAAUCCAUGUCUGUGGUAGAGCUCCGCCAAGCCAUCGUAGCCAUGAUGAACCGCAAAGACGAGCUGGAGGAGCAGAACACGUCUCUCCGCAGUUUACUGGAUGGAGAGAUGGAGCACUCGGCCACCCUCAGACAGGAGAGCGAGCAGCUGAGGAAGAAGCUGACUGAACUUGAGGAGCGACAUGACGUCAAAGUUCAGGCUCUGGCCAGGGAAAACGAGGUGCUCAAAGUCCAGCUGAAGAAAUACGUGGGAGCUGUGCAGAUGCUGAAAAGAGAAGGGAGCAAUGACGCGCUGUCAGUGUUGCGGUCCAGUGAAGAUGUGGCACCCGCUCCACAGAACAAGUUCAUGGGGGACAUCGAGGAGCUGGCGGCGAGCUACGAACGCAAACUUAUUGAGGUGGCUGAGAUGCACGGCGAGCUAAUAGAGUUUAAUGAACGCCUGUACCGCUCCCUCAUGGCCAAGGACCAUCUUAUUGUCCAGAUGAGACAAGAACUCAUUGACCUACGUGGACCGCUUCCAGGUGAUCUAAGCCAGACGUCGGAUGACCCCAGCCUGUCUGAUUUUGAAACUGCCCACCGUGCCCUUAUCAACGUCUGGAUACCGUCGGUGUUCCUUCAGGGCCGCGCUGCUAACGCUUACCAUGUCUACCAGGUUUACAUCCGUAUCCAUGACAACGAGUGGAACGUGUACAGACGCUACACGGAGUUCCGAGAGCUGCACAACCUCCUGCGAGCGCAGUUCCCUCAAGUGGACACCUUUAACUUCCCGCCCAAGAAAGCCUUAGGGAACAAGGAUGCUAAGUUUGUGGAGGAGCGGAGGAAGCAGCUGCAGUGUUACCUGAGGAUGGUGAUGAACAAAGUGGUGCAGACUCUGCCCGAGAUCAGCGCGCGCCCCACGAAAGAGACAUUGUUGGCCCUGCUGCCCUUCUGCCAAGACGCUCCCCAGACCAACGACAACGCCACCAAGACCCCGCGCUCCAGAACCGCCUCCCGCUUCCCCCGCCUGGGACGCAACCGCAACCAGGACGCCCGGCCCGAGCCCCAGAGCGGCGACCUAUAACGGAGGACCGCCCGCCUCCGAUCAGCUCCUCCAAUCAGCUCCCACAGGCCAAAGACUGUUACAGAGGCCAUUUUGGACCUUUAACUUGCCCCCAAGAUGAAAACUAAAAACAUUCGGGUGCUGCCUUGCCGGACGAAGGAUCAAUCUUAAAAAGCUGCCUAUUAACGGACUGACGAAACGGCGCCAAUUACCUCAAAACGACACACAGACUGGCAGCAGAAUGAAAUACCAGGACCAUUUUCGUACUAGUUUUGUAGUUGGUGUAAAUCGGUCACAGUGCCUACAGUGUUUUGUAGCUGCUUUCUGCUCUCAGACGAAGAGCAGAGGAAACGCACGCCUGUAGUUUAACGCAGUGAAUGUUGUCUGCUUUAUGGUGCCAAUUAUUUUAAUAUUUGCAAUGGAUUUCUGGUGUGGACCACUAGACAACGGGGCAUUCUGCGCGGAGAAUAUACAUGUAUAAUUACGGCGAAAGCUCUUGGGAGUAAUAUCAUCGAGAAACAGAACCGAUUGUGAACAGAAAAUGCAGUAUGGACGUGGAGUAUCGUCUGAUUAAGUGCUGACUUCGGUCUAAAGUUCAAAUGUAAG